AUGAUAUUAAAAUUCUUUUUUGGAGAAUUAAGAGCUAUCGAAAGUCAGCUUACAUUCUCUCCAAAUACUCCAAUUCAAGCACAUUUACGUAUUCUAUCAUUAUUGAUCCUAAUCCUAAUAGUUGAUAUAAUUUGGUUUAUUAUAUGUGUUCGUUCAAUGCUGCUAUUAUUAACUUUUGAGUGCUUUACUCUUUUCUUAGACACUGUUCAAACAUUGAUGAAAUAUAUAAUUCAUCUUAGAGAUCUUUCUCAACAAGGUGUAUGGGAGUCUAAAGGGUUGGUUUUAUAUUACAUAGAAUUUGUUACAGAUACGCUGAUACUUGCUGCCACUCUUGGCCAUUAUUUACAUAUAAUGCUUUUGCAUGGUAUUUCAUUUACUUUGAUAGAUGCAGUGUUAUUUUUAAAUAUGAGAAGUGUUUUCAAUAAUUUAAGGAAGAAAGUUGUUUCAUAUUAUAAUUAUAGACAAGCUAUUUCUAAUAUGCAAACUAGAUAUCCAAGUGCAACUGAAAUUGAAUUAAAAGAAUAUAAUGAUGAUUGUGCAAUAUGUAGAGAUUCAAUGGUAUCAGCCAAAAAAUUACCUUGCGGACAUAUGUUUCACUUUUCAUGCCUUAGAUCAUGGUUAGAGCAUCACGGUUCAUGUCCUACAUGCAGAAGAUCAUUGUUAAAGGGUGACGAUUCUACUAUGAGACAAGAAUUAACGGAACAUAUACAUAUGGAGGUUCCAUUCCUUUGA